UUACUUGGAAGUCCCCAUCCCCCCGUUGACCCGGUCACCAUGGCAACCUGUGUGCGCCCAGCGGGGUCUGAGGACCUGCUACAAACGCGGCGGUGGAGGGCGUGGAGGGCACCCAGCCGGCCACGCCCGGGCUUUGUGACAGUCCUGACGUUCUUUAGUGAGAGCAUCCCCAUAGGGCGGGAGUCACAAUCUUGCGGGCAGGUGCACAGACGUAUUUCAUGGGGUCGACACAAGGGGACGACUCCAGGCAGGUCCCAGCCUCCAGCGGCCUCCCUGCCGUGGCCCCUGCACCUGCAGCCCCGAGGACCUGCCCCGAGGACCUUCCCAGCCUUUGCCGCCUGUGCUCACUCUCCCUCCCUCCCUUCCCUGCCUUGCCUUUGCUCAGUCCGCCCCACCUACAUCGGUCCUGACUCCCCACCACAUGGUCCCAACCCUCCUGCUGUGUGUCCCUCCUCGGACCCAGCGCUGGCUUUGUCUGUGGCUUUGUCCUUGCCAGCCCCGGGGGACGCAGAGCUCGGCCUGUGUCAGCGCUCAGUGCCUGCUGAGCAAAGGUGUUCUGCCCCCUCACACUGCUGAGAAAUCGCAGGCUCAGAGAGGCUCAGGGAGCCACCCAGGGUCACACAGCUCUCGGGAGAAACACCGGAACUCAGGUCUUGGUCCUUCAAACGCCCGCUGGUCUUUCUUUGUACGCGUUAUUACAACGUGUGGGGAAACCGGACUCUCUAGUCACUUGGGGGGCCCAGGGCUAGAGAAGGCAGACAGUGGCUGUGGCUGAUGCGAACUUUGUCCUCGGAGGUGACUGAGCAGUGCUGCCCAGAAAACGCACUGGGGUUGGUCCUUGUCCGGAAGGCUGACUUCCUCCCUCGGGCAACCUCUUCUGUGCGGGGAAGAGUCCUGUGGGGCAAGGGUCCCCAGAGAGAGGGCCGAGCGCGUGGCCUUGUUCUGUGUCCGGUGGGCAGGCAGGACUCUGCACAACCCAGACCCCUGCUCUGCUGUGUGACUUCAGAUGCAGCACUUACCCACUCUGUGCCUCGCUCCCUAGGCUCCCCGGGACCCUUGAGACGCUGCGGAGCCGGUUCCUACGAGGCUCACACCGGCCCCCGGCGCACGGAGAACCUCCGCCUGCUCACGCCUGUGCCGGGGGUGGACGCGGACCAGGAAUCAGGACCCCGAGGCCGCCCCUUCUCUCUCUGCACCUGGGCCCCCGGCGCAGAUGAGCAAACGGGCCCAGAGAGGGCGAGCAACCUUCCUGAGGCCACACAGCAUUCGAGCACCCGGACUCAGGAGUCCGUCCCCUCCGUCACCACACGGAGACAGGGACAACCACAGGGGGCUGGGGACACGCGCUCACACAGCAGGGACGGAGCCUGGACUGUCUUUGUCCCCAGCGUGAGCACCGUCCUGCCCACCGGAGAGAGACGGCAGGGUCACGGCAGAGACGACAACAGACCGUCGCUUCCGACGAGGACUUCAGUGAAAUUCUCAGCAGGCUCGGGACGUGCUGUGUCUGUCUCCCUGGGUAACUUCCGGAUGCUAUCACUCCACAUGCCCGUUUAUCUCGCCGGGCUCCGUCUCUCCCCGGCCCCCCAAGGAGGUGCUGCUGCUCGGAUACAAGCGGUCCCUCCCUCUCAUUCUCGCGCCUCCCCCAGAAGCCGCUUCCUCCCAGGGGACAGACGAACAUCCUUCCGACGGGCUGUCUGCUGAGCGCAUGCCUGGUCUCUCAGGUCCCGAGCUUGGGGUGCCUUCAGACUCGCCCCGGAAAUGCGGGGGGCGGGGAGCCCAGGGCAGGGGACAGCCCUGCCUUGAUGUGAUUCUGGGAAGGGACUGCGUCCGGGUAGGACGUGCUCCUGGAGGUCGGCUGUUGCAAACACUCACCCGUUCCAGCCGCCGUCUGAUCAGGCUCACGGAUUCUGUGGGGUCAGGCACGUGGGCAGGACCCAGCGGGGCUGGUGGAUCUCUGCUCCGUGACAUCUGGGGCCCCACCCCGGGCAGGCUUGAAGGCUGGGGGGGGGGGUGUUGUCACUCUGUGGCUUUGGGCUGGCAUCAUCCAGACACCGGGUCCCAAGGGUAAGCAUCCCGGCAGAGGCAAUGCAGUCGCCCAUGCACGUUCACGAUCCAACCUCAGAGGUCACGACGUGUCUCUCCUCUCGUGCGUGGAUGUUCGCCCUGGUCCGCGGGGAGGGAACGUGGAGCCCACCGCUCGAGGGGGAGGUGGCCAGAUUCCAGAGGAUGGUGUGGGGGGAGGCAGACUUCCCUGCAGCCGCGUCUGGGAAACGCAAUCUGUCACCCCAUCUCACACGCGAACCCCGUCCUCAUGGCCGAGUGCCCACUGGUGCGGCCUCCCCUCCCCUGACGAGGAGCUGACCACCACCAGCAGAAGCCCGGUCUGUAUGACGUAAGCCCAGGGGAUUCAUUGGCACGAGGUGGGGGACACUGAAGGCUCGGAGUAAAAAAGGACCAGCGAGCCACCAGAGGCAGGAACGCGGGGCCGUCUUGUCUGGGCGCUGCCUGGGGCAGAAGUGAACCUCGGUCUAUCCUUGAGCCUCUUCGUCAUUCAAAUGAUGGGGAGGGCGGAUCGGAAUAGAGCGGAACCACUUUCCUACUUGCUCAGCUCUGAGCGAGCUGCUUAGUUGCUUCGUGCCUCAGUUUCCGGGUCUGUAGAACGUGCACACUUAACGGCUACUUCCUAGGGUACGUGAACUGAAGUUAGACGACGCUGAUGGGUGCUCAGCAUGGGGUGCCGUGCGGGGCCCCUUUGCAACAGAGGGUAGCCAACAGCAGCCACUGUGAUUUUGGCUGGCUUGUUUCCGGCCUAGGCCAGGGCCCGGCACGGAGUCGACGUUCGGUGGGAUCGCCCCCGGAUGAAUAAAUCAGUGCGCGACAAAAGAAAUGAAUGGCUCGGACGUGUGGCAAUCAGGUUCUUCGAGCCCAUCUGUAGACACUUGUUUUUUUUUUAAUUAAAAAAAAUUUUUUUUAAUGUUUAC